AUGCGUUAUAUUGCUGCCAUUGACGAGGGCACCCUCAGCGCCCGCACCAUUAUUUACACCUCGGAGUUGAAGAUCGCUGAAAUCUCCCAGUUGGCCCACAAGCAAGUCACCCCUAAACCUGGAUGGCUUGAACACGACCCGAUGGAAAUAUACGAAAACUGUUGCAAGACCCUGGCCCAGGCGUGUAUGAACCUUCGUGAAAAGGACAAGAGCUUCAAAAAGCUUGAUGGGAUUGGUAUUACCAACCAGCGUGAGACGACGGUGGUGUGGGAUCGUGAUACGGGUAAGCCUUUGUACAACGCGAUCGUCUGGAGUGAUGCGCGCACGUAUGAUGUGGUGAAAAAGGUAACGAAGGAAAUUGGUAAUGACGACAUGAUGUUUGCUUCAAAGAUCAACGGCCUUCCAGCGAGUAUUUACUUCUCCGCUUUCAAGUUCCGCUGGCUUUUGGAUAAUGUUAAGGCAGUGCGUGAUGCUCGAGACCGGGGUACUCUGAUGUUCGGAACGAUUGAUACGUGGUUGAUAUGGAAGCUAAGCGGUGGCAAGGUCCACGUUUCAGACGUGAGCAACGCAUCUCGUGUGUUUCUAAUGAACCUGCAACGCUUGGAGUGGGAUGAAGAAUUAUGCAAGAAGAUGGACAUACCGAUAAGCUCUCUUCCCAGGAUCGGCAGCUGCAGUGAGCACUUUUGUGAUGUUGCAAUUACCGAUUUCGGUUUGCCCCAGGCACUCGGUGGCAGGACCCCCAUCACGGGCUGUAUUGGUGACCAACAGGGCGCGCUUGUUGGGAACAUGUGCUUCGAAACAGGCGAAGCUGAGUGCACCUACGGAACUGGAUGCUUCUUGCUCAUGAACGUUGGGACCAAUGUGAAGUACUCCGAGAAUCGCUUGCUGAGCACCGUUGCAUAUAAAUUUGGGAAGGAACCUUGUCGGUACGCCAUCGAAGCCUCCAUUGCCAAUGCUGGUGCGACGGUCGAUUGGAUGGGCCGUAACCUCGGGUUCAUUAAGCAUCCGAAGGAGGUGGAAGGCGCCUGCCGGCGUGCGGGCGGUACGGAUGGUGUGGUCUUCGUGCCGGCCUUUGGCGGGCUGUUCGCGCCCUAUUGGGACCCCAGGGCCCGCGGCACGAUCGUCGGCAUGACCUACAAAACCAACAAGGCCAAUAUCAUGUACGCCGCUCUCGAGGCCAUUGCCAUGCAGGUGCACGACAACAUCCACGCCAUGUGUGAAGACAGCGGCACGAAGGUAAACGUCCUCAAGGUCAACGGUGGUUUGACGAAGAAUCAGCUGCUGAUGGAGUUGCAGUGCGGUGUUCUGAACACGGAUUUGAUGGUCCCCGAUUUCAAGGAGAUGACGUCGCUCGGUGCGGCCAUCUGCGCGGGGCUGGCAGUUGGUACGUGGAAGUCGACCGAUGAAAUCAAGGCUGUUGCCGCGCGGGAGCUCAAAGGGAACACCAUUCGGCCAUCAUCCACGGACGGGGAACUUUGGAAGACUAAGCUUGAUGACUGGCAUCGUGCAAUCAAAAAGGCUCGUUGGGCUAAAUUAUAA